AAAUGCAUUUUGAUUUGAUAGAAUGCCAUUGGAGUUGUUUCGAAUAUGGCUGGAGGAAAACGUCCAUAUGGCUUUGUAUCCCAAUCCAGAAGAGGUACACCAACUGCAACGAAAGUUGACAAUAACGAUAGAAAUUUAUACAAAAUAACUGUACAUCCUUCGAAUAUUUGGAAAAUGAAGUCCAACGCUACUACUUGGAAACCACGAGGUUCAAGUUCAGCCUUGAAGGUUGAUUCGACACAAAAACAGAAUGACUCGCUCAAAGACCAAGAUAAUAAGGGGAGAGUGGAAAAUGCUAUUAUUCAAAAUGCUGGACUAGACGAAAAUGUCAACAGCUCUACCAGGUCUGACGGAAUCGGAUCAGUUGACCUUGUAUUGAAACAUCGUGUGGUUCAAGCUGUAGAAAACAGGUUUAGAGACUUUUCAAAGGUUUACGAAUUUUAUUUGCAACGCUUUGAAGCUGAGUUGGAGAGCUUGGAUAAUCGAAUUAUAGAACAAAUGAAACGCAGAAGAAAAUUGGAGCAACAAAUGACAACUUGUAUGAAUACGUCUGCUCGACUUGAAGAAGAACUGGCAGCAAUUGUUUAUAGCAGAAACCGGAAACAGGAUAAAGAAAGCAACAAAUCUUUGGUUGCUCCUGUAUGUGUCGAAGACAACAAUUGGAAUGAAUACGACUGGGAAAAGCGAGUUGAAAGGAUUGAACGAAACUUUACUAAUUUGCAAGAAUCCUCCAAAAACAGAGAAAGGAGGAAAACAACAGGUGUAUUAUCUUUUGCUAAUUACCAGGAGCAGCUGAAUAGGCUUGUCGGAAAGACGGAGACUUUGUUUGGAGACGCAAAAGAUGCAGUAGAGAAGCAAGAUAUAGUCGACAAAGACCUUGAACAAAGUUUAGAGAAGCUCGAAAAUCUGGCGCAUACAACCGAAUCCAUCAAACAGUUCGUAGAACGUAACAUCCACAUCCGAAGCGAUGCGGAAUCUUUAGUCAAGGAACAAGUCUCGUUGAUUACUAAACAAGUCUGCGUUGAAAUGAGAAAAAUUACAUCCAACAUUUUGAAGGAAAACAAUUUUCGAAUAGGAGACAUGCUUAAAAGAAAUAUAGAAGGGUAUGGAAAUGACCUUGAAGUAGAAUUUCAUGACGAGAGUUAAACUAUUAAACCUGAACUGGUCGAACCAAAAGUAGAUCAAUGAAAGCUGCUCAGAACUAACAAUUGAAAUUAAUUUUUAUUUUAUUUCUUUUUAAGAAAAUUAAGUUUAGCGAUCUAACAAUAUGCGAAACUAAUAUCAUGGAAUUUCUUCGUUUCUUAUUUUACUAAUCCACACUUAAAAUUUUUAAGCAAAUUUUGUUCUCCCAAAAAAUUAAAAGAUAAAUAGAAAACAUAAUAUUGCUUUCCAAAUUUUAAUAUUGUUUUAAUUUGAAUUUAACGCCUUAUUUCUUAGAUUGCAAGGGCAAUUCUUUUAAGGAAGCCUUUAUUUAAAGAAAUAUGACUUCUAAAAGUUGCAUGCUUUCUAUUAUACUUAGCUAAAUGUUUCGCUUCGUUUGUUUGCUUAUGACUGCAAUCAUUCUAAGGAUUGUUCGACCCUUUUUAUUGGACUUACCUGUUUUUAGUAAUUUUUGUUGUUGUUGUCUUUUAUCAUAAAGAAAUCAAUAGCUUUAUAAAAUUAAAUUGGUUUGGUUGGUUUCACUGUAUUUCCACUUUCAUGCCGCAAAAAAUUCCGUAUCUUUUAUUGGAAAUAUUUUCUAGAACCGCUGUUGCAUGUUUUUAAUGCUUCUAGUGGAAGUCAAGGAGCAAUUUAUAAAUGUUAGUUUUUAAAA